UAUUUGGAAAAUUGAUACGUUUAAGUCAUCCGACCUUGUAAACUAUAAAUUAACAUUGAAAACAUGCCGCUGUCAUCCCGUUGAUUCGAUCAUCAUGCAGUGUUGUUUGUUUGAGAGAGGAUGCAAAUUUAAGUUCAAUAAAAAUGAUUGCAUUUAUUCUUCUAUUAUCUAUACUAAUAAUAUUGGUAUAUUUUUUGGCUAUCAAACCAUUCAAUUAUUGGAGAGAAAGAGGUGUGAAAACAGAAAGAGUGAUACCUGUGUUUGGGGACAACUUUGGGGUUAUGUUUGGUCUGGAGAGCUUCAUAGAUCAAACUAAAAGAAUGUAUAACACACUACCCAAUGAAAGGUAUUAUGGUUUAUAUCAAUUUUCCCUUCCUACACUUGUUAUUCGAACUCCAGACCUCAUCAAGAAAUUGUGCGUGAAGGAUUUCGAAUAUUUCCUCAAUCGUAGGAACCUUACACCAGAAGGAUGUGAUGUGUUAUUUUCUAAGAACCUGAUCAACCUCAAAGGACAAUCAUGGAAAGAUAUGAGGUCUACCCUCAGUCCAACCUUCACCAGCAGCAAAAUGAAGUCAAUGUUUGUACUGAUUUGUCACAAUGCAAAACUAUUUACUGAACACUUCUUGGAGAAGAAAGAGGAUCUUAUUGAGGUUGAAUUCAAAGAUUCUAUAUGUAGGUUCACAAGUGACGUUAUAGCGAGUUCUGCUUUUGGGCUUCAGGUCGACUCCCUGAAAGAUAGAAAUAACACUUUCUUCAAAAUGGGUCGAGAAAGCCUCGAUUUUACAAGUAUCAGACUGAAAAUCGCGUUUUGCAUAUAUCAGGUAUCACCAAAACUAGCUUCUAUUCUGAAAAUACCAAUUAUCACCAAAAAAGUUCAAGACUUCUUCAUAAAUUUAGUAAAAGACACCCUAAGAAUGAGGGAAGAAAAAAACAUCAAACGUCCCGAUGUCUUAGGCUUGCUUCUAGACGCUAGAAAAGGUCAACUGGAUACAAAAGAAGACCAAGAAGAAGAGGACGGUGGUUUUGCAGUUGUGAAAGAACAAUUAGAGAUGAAGACUUUAAAUUGCGAACUAACCGAUUUGGAUAUUGCUGCUCAAGCCUUCCUAUUCUUUCUUGCCGGAUUUGAAGGAGUUGCAACUCUUAUAUGCCAAACUGUAUAUGAAAUGGCAAUAAAUCCAGACGUACAGAAAAAACUGAUUGAUGAAAUUGAUGAAAAUUGGCCAGAAGAUGACAAACCAUCUUAUAACAAAGUGAUGAACAUGACUUAUUUGGAUAUGGUAGUUUCUGAGGCUUUGAGGAAAUGGCCUAACGGUAUUCAAACUGACAGAGUUGUUACGAAAGAGUACACAAUUGAACCUGAACUUCCUGGAGAUAAGCCUUUAACACUCGAAGAGGGAUCUAUAUUGCUGAUCCCCAUCUUAGGAAUGCACUACGAUCCAAAGUAUUUCCCAAACCCAGAAAAAUUCGACCCAGAACGAUUUUCUCCAGAAAACAAACAUAAUAUCGAUCCUUAUACAUACAUGCCAUUUGGAAUUGGUCCAAGGAAUUGCAUCGGUUCAAGAUUUGCCCUCAUGGAAGUUAAGGCUUUGCUUUUUUACCUUUUCCGUCAUUUUGAAGUUGUCCCAAUUGAAAAAACUGAAAUACCGAUAAAAUUCAACAAAAAUGCUUUCGGUUUUAUUCCUGAAAAUGGAUACCACCUUGGAUUGAAAAAAAGGACGAUGGAGAAAUAGUAUUAUUAUUCUUAUGACAACAAAAUCACAUUGGUAUGUGAAUUUGCUUUACGGAUAGGAGAUGACAAAUGAAAUUUAUAUGUUAUGCCAGUAUUAUCAUACUAAUAUUUUUUUUGAGAUAGAUAUUUUUUUAUGCCAUGAACACUAUUCAAGCUGAUUCAUAAUUAAUUGAUAAUAUGAAAAUAAAUACAAAUAACUCAUAAUAUGAAAACCACAAUAUUAUGUGGUUUUUUUAUGUCAGAAUAGUUUUUAAUUUAUAUUGACAUUAGCAUUUUUCUUCUAUACCAAUCUUUGAUUUUGUUAGAUAUCUAUAAUCAUAUUUCAUCAUAUUACCUGAAUGAUAUAUAAAUAGAAGUACUCUUAUAUUGUAUACUAAUUUCAUUGAUAUUAUAUCAAUAAAAUUAAUUAUUGAUAAAGUAUAUGUCUCCUACAUCAAUUUUGGGCUUGAAAGUGAAAAGGCUAAUAAUAUUUCAUCAUAUUUUCUAGGUGAGAAAGAUAGCACUACAGUUAUAUUGUAUGAAUAAUAUCAAUGAGAUUAAUCAAUUUUCAAUCGAGUUGAUGACUGAUAAGCUUCAAUUUUAGGCUUAGAAUAUAUUUAAAUUGUUUAUAAUAUUCACGUUUUUUGUAUUUUCCGAAUAAUGUAAACUGAAGUACUGAAAUUUUUUAUGAAUAAUAUCAAUAAAAUUUAUUAAACGAG